UUUUUAAAAAAAAUGGCUCAAGAUUCUACUUCUCCCGUUAAAACUACUAAAGCUCUAGAUGAUUAUGUCUUAUUGGGGCGUAGUGGAUUAAGAGUUUCUCCAUUAUGUCUUGGCGCUAUGACUUUUGGAGAACAAUGGGGAAUAGGUACUAAUAAAGAAGAAUCGAAAAAAGUUUUUGAUCUUUAUUACGAAAAGGGUGGAAAUUUCUUUGAUACCGCCAACAUGUACAAUUUUGGUGAUAGUGAACGUUUUCUUGGAGAUUACGUUUCCGAUAAACGAUCCGAUGUUGUGAUUGCAACGAAAUAUUCGUGUAAUCCAACUGCUUUGCAAAAGGACAAGAGGUUCAACCCGAAUUUUGGAGGAAAUCAUCGAAAGAGUCUUGUAGAAAAUUUAGAUGAGAGUUUGAAACGGUUGAACAUGAGUUAUGUUGAUAUUCUAUAUGUCCAUUUCUUUGAAUAUCGAACUCCAAUUGAAGAGUAUAUGAGAUCAUUAGAUGACAUCGUUCGAAGCGGAAAGGCCUUGUAUGUUGCCGUAAGCGACACUCCAUCUUGGGCACUUUCUCGUUCAAAUACCAUUGCUGAAUUACGUGGAUGGAGCCCUUUCAUUGGACUACAAACGCGUUAUAAUUUGCUGGAUCGUUCGAUGGAAUUUGACUUACAACCUGCUUGUGCUGAGCAUGACAUCGGAAUUAUUCCAUGGGGUAUUAUUGCUGAAGGUUUUCUUACCGGAAAAUAUACGAGAGAAUCAGUAAAUUCGGAUAGUCGCGGUCAAUCAAUUGCAAAACAUGCACAAUCUGAAAAAAAUUGGAAAAUUCUAGAUGAAGUUACUGCUAUUUCAAAAGAAAUUGAUAGAUCUCCCGUUCAGAUUGCUUUGAAUUGGAUUCAACAAAAACCCGGUAUUACUUCUCCUUUAAUUGGUGCUAAAACAGUUACUCAGCUUGAAGAAAAUCUUAAAUCACUUGAAUUCAAAUUGACACCUGAACAAAUGAAAAGACUUGAUGAUGUUUCUCAACCAACUGAACUUCCAUUUCCUUAUUCAUUUACUGACCAAUUUGAUAAAUAUGUUGGAAAAAACAUCGAAGUACCUAAUAAAUUUGGAUCCAUUGCGACCUCACGUAAUUAUGGAAGAUUAUAUUAAUUAAUUAAUAUGGUUAUUACUUAAAAAAUUAUUUUGUAUAUUCAAUGUUACCGCAAUUUAAUCCAAAUACAUAAUUGGAUUAUUGUGACUUUUUUGUUUUUUUUUUUCUAUUUGUCGUAAAUAUAUUUUUAAAAUUUAUUGUAUUUAUUCUUUUGAAAGUUAUAAAAAAAAUAUCUAUUUUCAGCUUAUAUUUAGUUCGAUUUGUUGAAAAGAAAAAUUAAAUCGUAAAUAUUUUAUUGUUGGAUAUUAUUUUAACAGUCAAUAUGUUUAUAUAGGAAAAUCAAUUUAAAUAAAAUCUUUAAAUAUACAAACAAUCUUUAUAACCCUCCCAUUUUGAUAUAUUGAAGUGUAAAAUAAAUUUUAAUAAUUAAAUAAUAACUAUAGGCUAUUCACGGAUU